CUGGUUUGAAGAGCAUACAACGAGGUAAUACAAGAGAGAAACUGAUCAACGUAACAGUAACUGAGCAUUGGAUGAGUUUUCACAGAAACCUUGCAAAGCAGAAGAACUUGGAUUAUUUGUGUACGGCAUCCAGCAGCAGACAACCUGGUUCAGGAAUUUACAUUUUUGGAGUUUAUCCUACAAUUUGUGGAUUAUAACACUGUUUGAAUUCAACAUGACUCUGGAAGAACUCGUUGGAUGCAACAUUACCGAUAAAAGAAUGGAGUCUGUGGGUCAAGCUUUAGAAGAAUUGCUGGUGGCUGCCCAGCGACAAGACUGCCUCACGGUCGGAGUCUACGAAUCUGCAAAGCUGAUGAAUGUCGAUCCAGACAGUGUGGUUUUGUGUGUACUGGCGACUGAUGAGGAGGACGAGGAUGACAUUGCACUGCAGAUUCACUUCACGCUAAUCCAAGCGUUCUGUUGCGACAACGACAUUAAUAUCCUGCGCGUCUCAGGCGUGAGACGUCUAGAACAGGUCCUCGGUGAGCCAAGCACCACUGACAGCAACGCCAACGAAGCCAAAGAUCUGCACUGCCUCCUUGUCACCAAUUCCCACGUAGACUCACUGAAAUGCCAAGCACUGAAAGAAGUCGGCAACUACUGCGAAGAGAGUCGCUGCAAAAACCAGUGGGUACCUUACCUUGCCCUGGAGGAGCGCUGAAGGAACUGACAAAGGAGAAAUGAAAGCGUAAAUGGAAAAUUGAAGACGUCAUUCUUCAAGAAUAUGAACGACGUUCAAGAAGGCAUCGCACGGUAACUGCCGCACACCCGCGCGGCCUGUGGCAGCUCUAGUGCUGGGAGAGUGUGUGCGGAAAAGGUCAAAGGGACAGUGGGCAUGAACCCCGCUCUCUUCCUUUGCGAAGCGGAACAGCUCGGUGGCGGCAGAGGGGAGCUGUAGGAAAGUGAGCCGAAUCGGAGUCUCGCUGUUGCUUGCCAAAAGCUGAUGGAGCAAUCGAGGGCGGCAGCAGCGUGGGAGCGGACUUGCAGUUUCACUUCGCAGGGGGAAGCUGGAACUCCUCUUACCGAUGUUGAGACUGUAACAUUAAUAAUGGGUCAUAGCACCUAUUCGCGGAAAAGGAACAUUAUGGACUUGUGAAAUGAAUGUCAUGCUGAACUGUUUUAAGCAGGAAUGCAGUUUUUUUGAAUGAGGAGCACACGGCUAAUGCUUAUAAUGUGCUGAGGGGAAGAGUCUGCAACACACGAACUUUGCAGUUGCUUCAUAGGUGGAUUAUUACAAAAUGAAAGAUUGGUAGAUUGCAAUGUAUUAUUAUUAUUUGUCUGUAAUUUAAAAAAUAGUAAUAUAUGCCAAUGAACUACUGUAUGGUUAAAGUAUGUUUUCAAGUGCUCUAGUAUAAAUAAAUUAUUGAAUGGAAACACUGAA